AUGAAGCUGGCCCCUGGCAAGCUUACUGUGUCCCCAAGCCAGGACAGGGGGCAGCCAGCCACUGCCGAGGAGCCAGGGCCCUCCCAGGGCAAAAGGCUACGGCUGCUGCGAGGCCAAGCCAGCAACUUCCGGAGGAAGAAAAGACCCUUGGAGAAUGGCCAGGAGGCAGGGCCUGGCAACGUGGGACCCUCCCUCCCACUCCGCCAGUGCAGUGGGGAGGAGGGGCAGGACCCGGCACCAGAGGGGGAGGAGGCGGCGCAGGGCUUGGCAUUGAAGCGGGAGGAGGAGGAGGGGCAGGGCCUGGCAAUGAAGCGGGAGGAGGAGCAAGACCAGGGCCUGGCACUGGAGUGGGGGGAGGAGGAGAAGAGGUUCGGCUCCCCCAGGUUGGCUGGGCCUGGCACCGCCCGCCCCAAGCCGGACUUCGUGCAGCUGAUCGAUGAGCACGGGAUCUACUCCACGGCCAAGCUGGUGCUGGGCAGCGCGGCGGGCGAGCUGGACGAGGGGGUGGUGCUGCCGCCACACCUGAGGCGGGCAGGCCCCCAGCUGGAGAUCCGGGAGGUGAUCGUGGACGACAAGCCCUUCGCGUGCAGCGUGUGCGAGAAGACCUUCAAGCGGGCCUGGGAGCUGUUCAGCCAUGAGGUGGUGCACAACGAGGAGCGGCCCUUCCACUGCGACCUCUGCGAGGCCUCCUUCAAGCGCCACUCGGACUUCAAGAGCCACCGGCUGGUGCACACUGAGGAGCGGCCCUUCCACUGCGAGAUGUGCGGCAAGAAGUUCAAGCGCUCAUCCAACCUCCAGGAGCACCGGCGCAUUCACACCGGCGAGCGCCCCUACCAGUGCGCCUGCUGCGACAAGAGCUUCAAGACGCCCUACGAGCUGCAGCGCCACAUGCUCACCCACUGCACCGAGAAGCCCUUCAAAUGCGGCGACUGUGGGAAGGACUUCCCCACCUCCAACUCGCUGCUGCUGCAUCAGCGCCAGCACUGCGACGACAAGCCCCACGUCUGCGGCGUCUGCGGCAAGAAGUUCACCUACGGUCACAGCCUCAAGGUGCACGAGCGGGUUCACACCGGCGACCGGCCCUUCGUCUGCCCCAUUUGCGGCAAGGGCUUCAAGCAGUCCAACGCCCUCUCCUCGCACGAGCGGGUGCACACCGGCGAGCGCCCCUUCGUCUGCAAGACCUGUGGCAAAGCCUUCAAGCAGUCGUCCUACCUGGUGAUCCACGAGCGCUCGCACACAGAUUUCCAGUCCGUACUCAAGUUUGUGCAGGUUGUUGUCCAAGGGGUUGGAGAACAUGGCGAUAAAUGA